AUGCAGCACGUUGUGCAAACUACGGCAAAACAGGCCAUUCAGACAGAGAUAACGCAUGUGACGUCGUGGCAUGUGUCGUCGAGGCAUGUGUCGUCGUGGCAUGUGACGUCGUGGCAUGUGUCGUCGAGGCAUGUGUCGUCGUGGCAUGUGUCGUCGAGACAUGUGUCGUCGUGGCAUGUGUCGUCGAGGCAUGUGUCGUCGUGGCAUGUGUCGUCGAGGCAUGUGUCGUCGUGGCAUGUGUCGUCGUGGCAUGUGUCGUCGAGGCAUGUAACGUUAUGGCAUGUGUCGUCGAGACAUGUGUCGUCGUGGCAUGUGUCGUCGAGGCAUGUGUCGUCGUGGCAUGUGUCGUCGUGGCAUGUGUCGUCGUGGCAUGUGUCGUCGAGGCAUGUGUCGUCGUGGCAUGUGUCGUCGAGGCAUGUGUCGUCGUGGCAUGUGUCGUCGAGGCAUGUGACGUUAUGGUAUGUGUCGUCGAGGCAUGUGUCGUCGUGGCAUGUGUCGUCGAGGCAUGUGACGUUAUGGUAUGUGUCGUCGUGGCAUGUGUCGUCGAGGCAUGUGUCGUCGAGGCAUGUGUCGUCGAGGCAUGUGUCGUCGUGGCAUGUGUCGUCGUGGCAUGUGUCGUCGAGGCACGUGUCGUCGGGUCACGUGUCGUCGGGUCACGUGUCGUCGAGGCACGUGUCGUCGAGGCACGUGUCGUCGAGGCACGUGUCGUCGAGGCACGUGUCGUCGAGGCACGUGUCGUCGAGGCACGUGUCGUCAAACUGA